AUGCUUCAAUUGAAAAUGAGUAGACGACGUUCAUCGAAAUCAUUAAACAGUAUAUAUGAUAAUAGAUAUGAUGAUUUUAUUGAAGGAGAUGAAGAAAUAUUCAUAUCAUUAGCUGCAUCUCAACGUUUAAAUGAUUCACUUCAAUAUCAUACUGAUAAAAUUAAAUGUGGUGAAGCAUGGUAUCGAACAACACUAGAAUUUUUAAAAAAAUAUUUAUCAAGUAAAAAUGAUCAAUUUCGACGUUUACUUUUAUUAGCAUUCGAUGGAAUUAAUUUAACUGCUUUAAGAGAACUUAAAUUUCUUCAAGAAGUUAAACAUCCACAUGUUACCGAAUUACUCGAGACAUUUGAAGAAUAUGUUUCAAAUAGUCCAAGAAUUUGUUUAGUAUUUGAAUUUAUGAAUACUAAUCUUGAAAAUAUUAUUAAUAAUAAUUUGCAUAAUAAUUGGAUACUUCAUCGAGAUUUGAAAUCAAACAAUUUAUUAAUUGAUAAAGGUGAUGUUUUAAAAAUAGCCGAUUUUGGUUUAGCAAACUUUUUCGGUUCAUCAUCAAGAUUAAUGUCACAUGACGUUAUUACAAGAUAG